AUGUUUGAGACACUCCAGCCAGCCGCAUAUGGCGCGUCUUUUGCGUUCUUUGCAUUGUCCUUGACCACGACAAUCCUGCGCAUGUACUCACGGAAAUGCAUCAUCAAGAGCUUUGGCAGAGACGACUGGUGGAUGGUGUUUGUGUUUAUAUUCAACACAGCCCAGCAGGGCUUGUUCUGCGUCUUUCUCUACUACGGCGGUGGAUUACACACGACUGAGGUCUCGAUGGAGCACCAGGCCAUGCUCCCAAAGCUUCUCUUUGCAGAGGAAAUCCUGUACAUCUGGAUGCAUCUCAUCAUCAAGCACGCCUUCCUCCAGUUCUAUCUCCGGCUCGCAAAUAAAACCUCGUUCACGUACAGCGUCUAUGCCACCAUGGUCCUGAACCUCGCGGUUGCGGUGGCCAUUUGGCUCUUGUACUGCCUCCAAUGCCGUCCUCUGCCAGCGUUUUGGAACCCGACAAUGUAUCCCGAUGCAAGCUGCCUUAAAACCGCAGUGACUUAUUAUGUGCCCGCUUCGCUGAACAUCCUCACCGACUUUAUCAUCCUCUCGCUUCCCAUCCGCCCCCUGUGGAACAUGCAAGCCAGUCUCUCACGGCGCCUGGGUGUUAUUGCUGUCGUCUCAGUUGGAAGCGUCGCCGUAAUCGUGUCCUGCCUUCGCCUCAUCGUCCUCCACGAGUUCGCGGUGAAUCCCGAUUUCUCAUAUAUUCUCGGCAAGAUGGUGAUAAUAUCGGCAGCAGAGUUGAAUGUGGCGAUCAUGGCAGCAAACGCACCUUCUCUGAAGGCCGUGUGGCUGAAGCACGUCAGUGGAUCUCUCAGCAAUUACAUGUCGUCGAUGCCUCUUUCCUCGCUGUCCAAGAAACAGAAUUCUGCCCCAGAAGCCCCAGUCAGUCGGCGGCGAGAUGUGCCAAAGCAUGAUGGAGACUUGCCAGACUCGUCGUCGAUGAACAAUCUGGUUGAGCCUAGAAGUUACGAGAAUUAG